UGUGGAUCAUUUUGAAUACACACCUGAGCUGAUUGUGUUCGAUCUCCUCCACAUUCCACUCUACCACGGCUGGUUGGUCGAUCCCCAAUCACCCGAAGUUCAAGCAGCAAUAGGAAACUGUAGCUACAACCAGUUGGUAGAGAACAUCAUCAACAACAAAGCAUCUGAUCGAGAUGAAGUAGUAACAGAAGCAUUGCUUGCUGAAAGUUUCCUUGGGAAGACUGCUUCACAGCUCACUUAUCAUGGUUUGUGUGAAUUAACCUCAACACUUAAAGAUGACGAACUGUGUGUACUGUUUAGGAACAAUCACUUCAUUACUCUCUUCAAAAGAAAA